GAGACACUCUUCAACUGCUCAUUCUGAGCCUACUGCAGAAGAAUCUUCAGCUGCAGCACCAUGAACCAAAGUGCUGUUCUUAUUUUCUGCCUUAUUCUUCUGACUCUGAGUGGAACUCAAGGAAUACCUCUCUCCAGAACUGUUCGCUGUACCUGCAUCAAGAUCAGUGACAGACCUGUUAAUCCGAGGUCCUUAGAAAAACUUGAAAUGAUUCCUGCAAGUCAAUCUUGCCCACAUGUUGAGAUCAUUGCCACAAUGAAAAAGAAUGGGGAGAAAAGAUGUCUGAAUCCAGAGUCUAAGACCAUCAAGAAUUUACUGAAAGCAAUUAGCAAAGAAAGGUCUAAAAGAUCUCCUCGAACACAGAGAGAAGCAUAAUCACGGCACUACUGAUAAGGAUGGGCCGGAGAGAAUCUACCUCUGCCAUCAUCUCUCUACAUACACCAUACAUCAAGCCCUAACUGUCCAUGGAUUGCAGUCACCAAGUUAGCUGCUCCCACACUUGCAGGGCAGCAGAUGGUUCAUCAUCCCGAGCUGUUGAGCAGUAACUCUGCCCAGGCACUAUACUAUAAGCUACACUGAGGUGCUACAUUCUUAGUGAAUGUGCCAAGUCCUGGCCCUGCUACUGACACUUUCCUCACCUUUCCUAUCGUCUGGUUAUUAAGGGAUCAUUCCACUUUGGGACUUAAUCGAAGUUCUUAGAAUCUCAAAUAACCAAGAGGUAUUUAAAACAAUAAUAAAACCUGCUUUUUAAAGAAAGAUCUUUACUCCGUGGGCUUCUACUGCUUUCCUUCCAAGGGGCCCAUAUUCUCUUGGUGAUUACAUACAUAAUUCUAAAUACACAGGAGAAGCUAGAAAUACCUGAAAAUGUAUAUGAAAAUAGUAUUAUUUAGUGAAAGACUAUAUAAAGUAGGAUUCUUAGAUGUAUAUGUUUCUUAUAGUUUUCAGUGUUUAUGGAAUACCUUGUAAAAGUAUGUACUACAAUGAGAUAAAUUUUUAAAUGUGGAUACAUGUUCUGCAUGUUAUGUAAGACAAAUACGCUGAGUGGGUGCUCUUCAAAAUAAAACUAAUGUUCUCUCCUAGAAACAUUAAGAAAGACUAACUGUUCAGACAAAAAAGGUAAUAAAGUUACUAUAAG